AAUACACCCAUAUUCAGAUCAAUUAUUAUUUUCACGGGCCGCAAGCUGAAUACAGUUGAUUCAAGACAGCACCUCUGGUGCGUUGUGGAUCAUUUGUUAGUCAGUGUGCUGCAUUUGUAUAUAGAGUGUUGCAUUACUUUUUGUAUCACUCUUUUCAUUAUCAGUAUUCUCCUGCUAAGUACUUUUAUAAAUAUCAGAUGUGAUUUGUAAUAAAUCAGUAAUGUUUCCACAUGAAGCCGCUGUAGAGAAAAUAGUUCAAUGUAACCAAGGUUACUUGGAUUUUCAUUGGUUGGUUCGUCCCAGGCAGCUAUUAGACAGAGUGGGUGUUAAUCUCUGUGUGCAGGAAAGUUCUUUCCUCUCCAAAACCUGAGCCACCUCCUCCUCCUCCUCUACCCCUGAAUGUGGCCUUUGUAGGGGGCUUCCCAGCAUUCCAAGGGGAAUUCUUGCAGGUGAAGGUAUCUGUCCCACGUUUAAAAGACUGCUUCUACAUCAAGGGAGCCCAGUGAUGAACUUACUUUACUUUACUUGCUGCAACUUCAAGUGUGUGAUUGCAAGAGCAGAAAGGGUGGGAGGGAAGGAUCCCGUUGUUUCUAUCCAGGUGAGCGACCGAGCGCAUGCUCAUAAGAUCAACACGCUCACCUGCGCCAGUAGCCUCACACACACCGUGAGGUGCAUUGUACAGAACAACUCAAGCAUUGGCUCAUGAGUAAAUAUUUGACUUUUUCAAACUACCUUUUCAUGCCGUCUUUGAAGAAUAGCUCCAUGUCGGCCGAGAGACUGAACAUGUAGACUCUUUUUAGUGCUGUUAUCUGAUGUGGAUUAGAUGGAGCACGGUACAUAAACUGAAUAAGUGACAGACAGGCUUCUCAGGCAGGUCCCUGUACAAGGUAAGUGUAUGUUUCUGUGUGUGGACAUGGGCUUGUGUAUACAUUAAUGAAUGUAUUCGCCAAAACCUCUCAACUCCACGCUGCUCUGCCCUGCGCCCUCUGCCUGCUGCUCGUUAGAUACCUGUUUGAGGCAAGCAUGUGCAAUCGUCCGCUUUCACAAUUGUGUCACACGAGCUGUACUCGUAAUGUAAUGUUGAAUGCGUGCUGUUGCAGAUACCUGGCCACGCCACUGGCUAAUGUUUGGGGGAUCAGGGACAAUGUACGUCUGACAGCAGAGCCAAACCCCCUCCUAGAAAACUACUUCCGCUGUCGAGCACGCGCCCCAUCGCAGGUGGAUGUGAGGUCUCUGUGUAAGAAGACCAGCUGGUCGGAAAGGAGAGUCCAAGUGUGGUUUAAGAGAAGGAGGAACCAGGAGCGCCCAUGGCUUCGGAAGAGGUUCUGCGAGGCGAGCUGGAGAUGUGUAUUUUAUACUUUUGCAUUUGUCUAUGGGGUCCUAGCUCUCUAUGAUAAACCGUGGCUUUAUAACCUGAGGGAGGUUUGGGCCGGCUUUCCCUAGACAGGUAAGGGAUUUU